AUGAGUUUCCAUACGCUCCUUCGUGUAUGGGAGGUCCGGGAGGUCUCUGAUGCACCACCCGGGCUUACAUUCACGCCAAAAAUUCUAGCAGGUUUCGCUUCUCGGUUUUUGCCAGAAGAUAGACAGUGUAUCUUUCUUGCUGCUUGUCUUGAUCUUGUUGAGGCCAUGAAAGCCAUUUUGGAAGAUGAUACAGACGAUCUCUGUAAUACCGGGCGGGAACUGGACCUGAAAGGGAUCCCGGAAAGUGACGCCAUUAUAGUUCGUGAACCGAGGAACAUGACUCCGUUAUGGGUUGCCGCAUGUUAUAAUUCUCGGGCAGUUGCCGAGCUCUUACUCGAUUGUGGAGCCUACCCGAUUGAUCAAACGUUUAUUUACUUGACGCCUUUGUCUGCCGCUAUUUAUGGUGGUAAUAGUGAGACCGCGCAGCUUCUUAUUCGAUCGGGGGCCGACAUAAACCGUGGAAUGUACGAUGCUGAACAACAGAAAGAUAAAGAAAACCCUACUCCUCUUUGUCUUGCAGUAGAAAGCAAAAAUGAAAUACUUGUCAGGUGCCUCGUUGAGCGAGGUGUUAUUACAAGACCCGGAGGACCAAUACAAGAGGACCCUUUGGGUAUGGCCGCCUUGCAUGAACAGGAUGCAAUUUUUGAUCUUCUGUUUGAUGUCAGUGACAAUUAUGAUGAAUCAUACUAUUGUUCUCUGUUCUGCUGCGCGGCUCAGGGUGGCAGUGAGCACAUAAUCACACGUCUAUUCGAGAGAGAUGGCAUUACUGCGAAGUGGAAAAUUUCAUGUGCUGAGAAUGCCCUUCACGUACUUUUAUCUUUCGAUCCUGAACGAAAUACACGCAAUGGAGAUGAUGCAGCUCUCAAAAUUCUACUUGAAUUGAAGGGUGUUGAUGUCAACUUCCAGCGUGAUGGAAAGGGUCUUCUUCACAAGUGUAUAUCCGAACACACAACUAUGAGGUGCGGGAUAGAGACUGCAAGGCUGUUGUCUCAACAUGGAGUGGAUCAAAACAUCAAGAACAAGGAUGGGCAAAGUUGCCUUGUUCAAACAGUCGCUAACGAUCUUGACUAUCGUUACGAAUCUCGCCUGGAGAUUGCUAAGGUUCUACUUGAUACAAACGGCCCUCAGGCGGACCUCGAAAGCCAGGAUCACAACGACCGUACCGCAUUGCAUCACGCUGUCAUGUCCAUGCUCAGACCGGGUGAAUACGAGAACAUUGUUCAGCUCCUGCUUGAGAGUGGCGCAAAUCCAAACAGCAGGGACGUUGUAAACAGGACUCCUCUUUCUUACGCAGCCGAGCUAUCACAUUUGGUGUUAAUUCAACUGCUGCUUGCGAGGGAUGCCUCUUUGGAUGACAAGGAUAGCGUUGGACGCACUCCGCUUUCAUAUGCAGUGGGAUAUAACCCUCAAAAGCUGUGGGGGCAUCACGACGAGUACAUGAAAGAGUUUGCAGACAAGUGGCCCCCAAAAGGUUUGGGCGAAGCUGUUGAAAUCCUUCUUUCGAAAGGAGCAGAUCCCAACUCUCGAGAUCAAGAUGGCAUGACACCCCUUCUCCGCGCAGAAAAGAGUCUGCCAGAGGACCAUGAUGUCGUGAAACUACUUCGGGGUUCGGUCAGGAGUUAG